AUGAAGACCUCCACCUCCACCAUCCUCCUCGCCGCCGCCGCAGGCCUCGUCUCGCAGGCGUCGGCCGCGGUCCAAAUGGACGUCCGCUACAGCGACAACAUGAUCGACGUCGGCAACCUCGACCUCUUCGCGCAGACGUGGCAAGUCCUCUACGACACGUCGGGCAACCAGCGGUCCGUCAUCACCGACAAGUCGGUCGGCACGGACAACAACCCGUGCACCUCGCAGCACGACAGCGACCCGGACCUGACGGUCAAGAUCAAGAUGAACGGGGCGUGGGGCCAGACCCCCGGCCUGAAGCAGAACCAGAUGCGCGACGGCCUGAUCCAGUCGCUGUGGGAGGUGCUGCGCAACAUCGCCGACCGCAACAAGUACGACGUCUACGGCGGGUGCUCGGGCUUCACCUGGCAGGAGGGCACCGCGCGCGACCCCAAGUCGCCCUGCGGUCCCGUCAGCGCCACCUCGUGCGAGGCCGCGUGCAAGGACGCCAGCGACGUGGCGCACCAGGUCGAGUGCUCCGUCGUCACCACGGGUUACCGCGUCCCCAGCGAGCUGCGCGUCACCGCCUACAUCGACGACCAGCUGCAGCCCGACGACCUGAUCGUCAGCAUCGAGGCCGCGUCGAACCCCACCACCGGCGGCUGCGGCAUCGAGGGCGAGAUCGCAAAGGCCGUUGCUGGCUUCAUCCCCGUCGCGGGCGGCUUGUUCAUCCAGGGCAUCGCCGUCGGCUGCACCGGCGUGCCCAAGACGACUACGUAA